GGGGCCAUGAGCGGCGGGGCGGGGGCCGGCGGCCGCGGCGUGUGAGGGGCUCGGCGGGGCGGGGGGUGCUCUCCCUCCCGUCCCCCCGUCCCUGCCUUCUCGUCUUCCUCCCUCCCCGCAGAGCCAUGGUGCUGGGGCGCCGGGGCGGGAGCCGCGAGACCGGCGGGUGGAGGCGGCGGCGGCGGGACCGGCCCCUUUCGGCGCCGAAGGAGGCGGGCGCGGGGCGGCGGCCGUCGUCGUCGUGCCGGGUGCGGGGCCCGCGCCGCCAUCUCCUCCGCAUCUUGCCGCUGCUGCUGCUCUUGCCCGCCGCCGCCGAGGGCCAGGCUGGCCCCAGCUCCGGCCCCCACGGUGCGGGGCCCCCGGACUGGCCCCGCGCCGGCCCCGGGCCCAGCUUCAGCCUGUACCUAAGCGAGGAGGAGGUGCACCAGCUGAUCGGUCUUGAUGCAGAGUUGUCUUACGUGAGGAACGAUGUGGUUAAUCACUACGCCUUGUCCUUCAAUCUAUUAAUACCCAGCGAGACCAACAAUCUUCACUUCAGCUGGCAUGCUAAAUCCAAGGUUGAGUAUAAACUGGGAUUUCAGGUAGAUAAUCCCAUGGCUAUGGCUGUCCCCCAGGCCAACAUUUCGUUACAAGGAGAAGUUCCUCGGACCCUUUCAGUGUUCCGUGUUGAACUCUCCUGCACUGGCAGACUCGACUCCGAGAUCACAAUACUAAUGCAGCUCAACUUGACAAUAAAUUUAUCAAAAAACAUCACAGUUUUAAAUUUCAAACGAAGGAAAAUGUGCUACAGAAAGCAUGAACCAGAAGUAAAAUCUCCAGCAUCUGAUAAAAACAGUAGCAAGGCUAUCUUCGAUCCUGUAAACGCAGCUCCCACCACUUCCACCCGCGUGUUCUAUAUCAGCGUGGGUGUGUGCUGUGCUGUUAUAUUCCUGGUAGCAAUAAUAUUGGCUGUCUUGCAUUUACACAGCAUGAAAAGGAUAGAGUUGGAUGACAGCAUUAGUGACAGCAGUAGCUCACAAGGUUUGUCCCAGCCUUCCACACAGACAACACAGUACUUGAGAGCUGACACGCCAAACAAUGCGACGCCAGUAACCAGCUCCUCAGGUUACCCUACAUUACGGAUAGAGAAGAAUGAUCUUAAAAGUGUCACUCUAAUGGAAGCAAAAGCUAAAGUCAAGGACAUAGCCAUCUCCAGGGAGAGAAUAACUCUAAAAGAUGUGCUUCAAGAAGGCACGUUUGGGCGCAUUUUCCAUGGGAUUCUAAUAGAAGAGAAAGACCCCAGUAAAGAGAAACAAGUGUUUGUCAAAACUGUUAAAGAUCAAGCUUCAGAGGUACAGGUGACAAUGAUGCUGACUGAAAGCUGUAAACUCAGAGGACUUCAUCACAGGAAUCUGCUACCUAUCACUCAUGUCUGUAUAGAAGAGGGAGAAAAACCAAUGGUGCUGCUACCAUACAUGAACUGGGGGAACCUUAAACUGUUCUUACGACAGUGCAAGCUGGUAGAGGCCAACAAUCCUCAGGCAAUUUCCCAGCAGGAUCUUGUGCAUAUGGCUAUUCAGAUUGCCUGUGGAAUGAGUUACUUGGCCAGACGGGAGGUCAUUCACAAAGACCUGGCUGCUAGAAACUGUGUCAUUGAUGAUGCACUUCAGGUUAAGAUUACAGACAAUGCCCUAUCUCGAGACCUGUUUCCUAUGGACUACCACUGCCUGGGGGAUAAUGAGAACAGACCAGUCCGGUGGAUGGCUCUUGAAAGCCUGGUUAACAAUGAAUUCUCCAGUGCUAGUGAUGUGUGGGCCUUUGGAGUAACACUGUGGGAGCUGAUGACUUUGGGACAGACUCCAUAUGUUGACAUCGACCCCUUUGAGAUGGCUGCUUACUUAAAGGAUGGCUAUCGAAUAGCUCAGCCAAUCAACUGCCCUGAUGAACUUAGCCAAGCAAUUUCCAGUGACCUGUGUAUUGCCUCCUGCUGGAUUGCCUCUGGCUGGUAUCCUAAAUCAAACCAGCACUUCCAGUCACUAUACUCUUAUGAUGGUUCCAAGGUGUGUCUCCUGAAGGUGCUGUUCAGCUUUGCCCUCUCUGAGAAGGUUUGCUGUGAUGGCCUGCUGUUGGGCCCUAGACCCUGAAGAAAGACCUAAGUUUCAGCAGCUGGUGCAAUGUCUAACUGAAUUUCACGCAGCAUUGGGAGCCUACGUCUGAAACAGCUGAAGAUUGAAUUCACUGCUUGGGAGAAGGCAUGGCAUAGAUCUGCAGCUCCAUGCAUCGUUUGGACUCGCACACAUGAUGUGUAUAAAGCAACACUACAGGGAGAAAGCACUUCUUCCAAAACACUGUGCCUUAGAAUGCCUUAGUAGUGUGAGGUUUUCCUCUAAGACCUCUUGAUGUCAAAAUAUUUCUAGAUAUCACUUUUGCUAAGUUAAAUCGAGACCUUUUGAUUUGCCAUCAGGAUUUUUGAAGUGUAGUGGUAGUGAACUGAAGAGAUUGGGAUGGGCUUUGCAUUCUUAACAACAAAACAGCUUUCGUUUGAAGGGUAUGUGGAACAGGUAGGGAAGUGAGGGUGGGGGAAAGAAGCGCAAAAGCCACACUACAGAAAAACUCCCCUGCUUUGGAACAAAGUGUUGAGAAUUGGUUUUUCUGACCAGCUCUUGUGUUUGUACUUGUAUGUAUCUGGAAUAGCUUUUUAGUAUCAACUUCUAUUUUGAGACGACAGCACAUUGUGGUUGGAUCCACAAGAGGCUUCUUAACUUUGUUUUAUUUUUAACCCCUUCACAAAAAUGUUUGGUGUUGGUUCCUUUUUCUUGUUGAAAAGCUGGUCUGCAGGAUACAAUAGCUCCUUUUUAAAGCAGUAAGUGAUGAUGUAGAACUGGUUCCAGCUUACCUCAGAAAGAGUGGUAAAGGUAGGGGUAAAAGUGGUGCCCCUCCUUUUAGGGAGAAAGCUGAUGUGAUUUUUGAAGAUGGUUUUAUUAGAGGCCUUCAGAGAAGCGCCAAAGCAGCCCUCGUGUGGGCGUCUUUUCACCUCAGAGUUUUUGGAUCUCAGUUUCUCUUGUUCAAAAAGGUACUGGUUGUUGUUUAUUUUUUUUUUUUAAUGGGCUUUUAUGGCCUGAAAUGGGCUUAAAUAUAUAAAUAUAUAUUUGUAAAGACACUUGCAGAGUAAAGAAUGUUUUUCUAUUA